AUGGCGCUCAGUAUUGAAGGAUGGAUCUGGGUCGCGUUGUGUUGGUGGGGGGUAAUCUCGACCGGAGCUGUUUUUUCCCCACAUGCCCUGGCGGCCAAAAAAAAGCACUCGGACCAAUUCUCCAAGUUUCCGCCUGGCUUGGCUUCUUCUCAUCAACAACCAUCGAGCCAUUACUGCAUCAAAAUGGUUCUCAUAUCAUCCAAGACCCUCAUCCAGGCACAUGCCGUGUUCCUGAUCGUGAUCGCCGGCUACCUAGUCAAGAACCCCGAGGUGAUCACCGACUGUGACUUAGUCUUUAUGAUGGGCGAAGCCCUGAAGAUUGAUUUCCCAUCCCUGUCAAGCCCGCAACAAUCCCCUUUCACUUUCUGUGCCAUCCUCCUCUUCGUCGAGGCCGUCAUUGACCUCGUCCUGCUGUCCAACAUCCCAUUCCACGAAGCCCUUGACGAAGCAUUGCCCUACAUUCGGCCCCUGCGAAACGGCAAUCUCCCCGCGGAGGACCUCCAGGUUCUCGAGCGCUUGCCCGAAUAUAUCACUAAGUCCUUGACUGUUUACUGGAGCGUGUGGAUUGGAGUUGCCGCGUGUCGCUUCGCUGUAUAUGCUGGAAUUGCAUUCUUCAUUUAUCAGACGAGGGGUGCACACCUGGUCUCGUCUUAUACCAGCGCUGUCGCGAUUGGAGGUUUGGAUCGCCUCAAGAACCGCGUGGUUUUCAGCUAUGCUUUCUUUGAGAUGAUGUUCUGGUUCUGGAAUUUCGCUACUCUCCGCGAGGAACGCCAGGAACGCCUGACCAAGUUGCUGGAAGAUACACGCAACCUUUGA